CACUUCCAGCUGUGGGAAUAUCUGGGUAUCUGAGCGGCUGAAGUGGGCACAGACGGGGACUGCAGCAGCCGCGCGGCCGAGGGACGCGCUGCUCACCAGGCCGACGACACGAGCAGGCGGUGCGCAGCGGAGCGGCGAGCGCGGGCAUCUCAGCCUGUGGAUGGAUGCAGGACAGCGGGCUCUGAGCGCUCCGGCAUGGACCAGCGGUAACAGCCUGAGGUUCAUAAACCGAGUGGUUUGGCUGCAUCUGCUUCAUCUGUGAGCUCCAAGUUGAACGGGAGAGGGACGUUGACUUUUUACGCGUGGAGGAAAAACUCUGGAAUCGGCUGAUUUUCCUCUCCAGCGCCGGACGCAGGAACAGCUCCGUCGUUAUUCUUAGCAUCAUCUGGCACGCAGAUACUUUCAACAUUGAAGCGUUCUUGUUUUGUUUGCUUGUUUUUUUGUGUGAAAGUGUUCGGUGCGCCCCUGCGUUUGGAGCCAUGGGCUGUACGGUGAGCGCCGAGGAUAAGGCUGCAGCGGAGAGGUCAAAGAUGAUUGACAAAAACCUCCGAGAGGACGGAGAGAAGGCGGCCAGAGAAGUGAAGCUGCUUUUAUUAGGUGCAGGGGAGUCUGGGAAGAGCACCAUCGUCAAGCAGAUGAAGAUCAUCCAUGAAGAUGGCUACUCAGAAGAUGAGUGUAAGCAGUACCGAGCAGUGGUUUACAGUAAUACCAUCCAGUCCAUUAUGGCCAUCGUUAAAGCCAUGGCCAGUCUCAAGAUAGACUACAGCAACACUUCUAGAGUGGACGAUGCCCAGCAGCUCUUCGCACUGUCUGCAGCUGCUGAAGAACAGGGCAUCCUUCCUGACGACCUGGCCAACGUGAUCAGGCGGCUGUGGGGUGACAGCGGCAUACAGAGUUGCUUUGCGCGGUCACGAGAGUACCAGCUCAAUGACUCUGCAGCAUAUUACCUGAAUGAUCUGGAGAGGAUAGCUAAAGCAGAUUACAUCCCCACCCAGCAGGAUGUGCUGCGAACUCGAGUCAAGACCACUGGCAUUGUGGAGACUCACUUCACUUUCAAGGAACUGCACUUCAAAAUGUUUGAUGUGGGAGGCCAACGCUCAGAGAGAAAGAAGUGGAUCCACUGUUUUGAAGGAGUGACGGCCAUUAUUUUUUGCGUCGCACUGAGUGCUUAUGACCUGGUGCUGGCUGAGGAUGAGGAGAUGAACCGAAUGCACGAGAGCAUGAAGCUGUUUGACUCCAUCUGCAACAACAAGUGGUUCACUGAGACCUCCAUCAUCCUCUUCCUCAACAAGAAGGAUCUCUUCGAGGAGAAGAUUACUCGCAGCCCCCUCACCAUCUGCUUCCCGGAGUACACAGGAGCCAACAAGUUUGAUGAGGCAGCCAGUUACAUUCAGACCAAGUUUGAGGACCUGAACAAGAAAAAGGACACAAAGGAGAUCUACACCCACUUCACCUGUGCCACUGACACCAAGAACGUGCAGUUUGUCUUUGACGCCGUCACCGACGUCAUUAUUAAGAACAACCUGAAAGACUGUGGUCUUUUCUAAAGGAAAAUGCCCGACGCACACAGACUGCAUGAGAGACUGCAACAGCCAUGACGAUUACUGCUUUUCAUAAUGAAAACCAUAACAGACUUGAUUCCUAGAGGGGAAACCUUAAAAAACUUCAACAAUCACUGAGUUGCAACCAUCACAUUUUCUGUCAGUUGUGUUAUUAUUUUUUAUAUAUAUUUCUUACAGCUCUUGAUCAGGGGUUCUCAUACUAUUCAUACUGAACGCCUGUAAAUAGAUAUUUGACCAAGGAUCCCCUUAUUGGACAAGAAUUGUUAACAAUCAAGGGCGCUCAUCUGAGAAUAGCUGUUUUUAAAUUAGAUUUGUAGCAUAAAUUAUAUUAUCCGACUGGCUUAAGUGGAAAGUAAUUGUCGUAAAACUCGUUAUACAGUAAUAACCCAUCAUCUCAUCAUGCCACGUGGAAAAUUUGAAGUAUUUUUCAUCCUUAAUAAGCCUUCUAGGAUGAGAAC